AUGUAUCGGCAGAUUCGCGUGCACGAGGAUGAUUGGCCGUUACAGAAAAUUCUUUGGCGGGACUCUCUCGACGAAAGGCCUCAAGAAUAUGCAUUGUGUACCGUAACGUACGGCCUCGCGUGUGCUCCAUAUCUCGCGCUACGCUGUUUACGGCAACUCGCUCUCGAUUACGAUUCGACUCGCCCUCACGCUUCCGAAACUCUUCGUCGCGACACAUACGUCGAUGAUAUUUUCUCCGGCGACGAAAGCAUCUCUCAGGCGAAAGAAAAAAUCUCGCAACUAAGAACCACUCUCACGGCGGGCGGCUUUACGCUCCGAAAAUGGAUCGCUAACGACUCAAAUCUGCUCGACGAUAUCCCUGCCUGCGAUCGCGAAACAUCUCCUACGCUCUCGGUCAACGACAGUGCGAUACAUCAUACUCUCGGUGUGCGUUGGGAACGCAAAUCAGACAGUUUCGUGUUUUCUCCGCCGUCGCUCACGAUCUCGAAAAAUCGCGUUACAAAACGCUCAGUGCUAUCGCUUAUCGCACGCAUGUUUGAUCCACUCGGAUGGAUUACGCCUAUCACAGUUACCGCAAAGCUGUUCAUGCAAGAACUGUGGGCCAUACGUCUCGACUGGGACGACGAACUCCCGGAAGAUUUAAAGUCACGAUGGACAAGCUACGUCGCUCAACUCACAUGCAUCUCUCGUCUCGCUAUCUCGCGUUGGUUUGGAACAAGUUCUUCGAAUCUCGCCGUGGAAGUGCACGGUUUCGCGGACGCAUCUCAAAGUGCACUCGCCGCGGUCGUUUAUCUCCGCGUUCUCAGUGACAUCGACGACGCUCAAAUAAAACUCAUUUGCUCAAAGACUAAAGUUGCCCCUCUCAAACGAAUGACUAUACCGCGUCUCGAACUCUCAGCCGCAGUGCUGCUCGUGCGUCAAGUUCUCAAAAUUCGCGAAGUGCUUGAACUACAAACCGCGCCAACCCAUCUCUGGACCGAUUCGACGGUCGCUCUUACGCUCGGAUGA